AUGGCCAAAUUCCAAAUCCUGUCCGACUUGCACCUGGAGGUCUCACCCGCCGAGCAAUUCGCAGAGCAUGGCUAUUCUGCCUUCCACGUUGAACCCCGCGCGCCUUACCUCGCCCUGCUCGGCGACAUCGGCCUCAUAACCCAACGCGAUGCUUUGAGGAAGUUCCUUCUUAUCCAACUUGGCAAGUUCAAAGUUGUGUUUUUUGUUGCGGGAAAUCACGAGCCAUAUUCCUCCUCUUGGGAGGAGGUUAGUUUGUUUUUGGAGGAGAUGUCGGUUUUGGUGGAGCAGAGGAGGAAAGAAGGGGAGAAGCUGGGAGACUUUGUCCCGCUUGAUAGGACGAGAUAUGAUAUCAAGGGUGAGGAAGGGGAGGUUGUGACUGUGCUGGGGUGUACCCUCCACUCUUAUGUGGCAUCCAAGUACAAGGACGAGGUGACGAGAAAGUUGAAUGACUUUUAUAGGAUCAAAGGGUGGACAGUGAAGGACCAUAAUAAAGCGCACGAGGCAGAUAAAGAUUGGCUUAAUAAAGAGGUGAAGAAGAUUGAGAAGGAGGACGCGAAGGAGGGGAAGAAAAGGAAGGUGGUUAUUUUCACUCAUCACAGCCCAACGACGGAUCGGAGGGCUAAUGAUGCUCAGCAUGAGCGUGUGAAGGGAUGGGAGGCAGUGGCGAGUGCGUUUAGGACGGACCUGAGCCGUGAGAAGUGUUGGAGGAGUGACAGGGUGAAGCUCUGGGCGUUUGGGCAUACGCAUUUUAACUGUGAUUUUUCGGUAGAUGGGAAGAGAGUGUGUACGAACCAAAAGGGGUACGGUUUCGUUGCCGGUAAAGGCAUGUCGCCAGGCUUCGACCCUGAGAGGGUUGUGGAGGUCUGA